UGAAGCAUACCCGUCCAGAGGAGAUGGCUGAGAUUGGAGAGAAGAUGGCUAACUCAACGCCUAAAGAGAUAGCAGCUAUGCGUACACGUCUUGAUGCCCAGAUCACUUAUAAAUUGAAUGGAGUUCAGAUGCUGAAGAAACAGGGAAAUGAGCUUCAUAGCCAGGGAAAGUGCAAUGAUGCCUUGCAGAAGUACUGUCUUGCAAAAAAGAACCUAAAAGGCAUUCCAUCAUCGAAAGGUCAAUCACUACAGUUGGCAUGCUCACUAAACUUGAUGUCAUGUUACUUGAAAACAAAGCAGUUUGAUGAAUGCAUAAAAGAAGGUUCUGAGGUAUUGGGAUAUGAUGUGAAGAAUGUGAAAGCAUUUUACCAUAAUUAAUUGUUACAUCAUAUAAGAGGGAUCAUAGAAUAUAUAUAUUGAUUGUUGUAUGUUCAUUUGAUUUUGAUCAGCAGUAGCAGUUUUAUAAGCUUAGGACACACAAGUAAUCCCUGGAUUAAGGUACUGUAUCAGCUUGCAUAUAUUAUGAUUCUUGAACCAUUUUUUUCCUACAUUAAGUCAAUGUUGUAGAUUGAUGGUCAUGGAGAUUAAUUGUCAUUGGAAGCCUACUUUUUUAUGUUAAAUUUCUAAAAUAUUUACUAUGAAAUGUAUUGUUAUGAACUUAUGGCGUAUACUAUGGUGGAAGUUCAGUACAUUUCGAAGAGCUGUAACUAGUAGCCCAUAAUCUGGCUAAAUGGGCAGGAAGAACAGGUGCCAUGGAGAGCUGAACAAUGAACAUAUCCCUACAUGAA